UCCACUUAUCCACCUUCAUAUCAAACACCCUUCAGUGCUUACUAGCCCAAUAUUCCUUGAAUUUCUUUAAUUUUCUGCUUCUUUAAUCCUCAAAUGGGUCAGAAAUCAGUUGCUGUUGGGCUGAAAAUCCUAAUUAAUCAGAAGAUUAAUCAAGGCAAGGCAGAUCCUAACAGUGUUCUAAUUAUGUAUAGUUCAAGAUUCACCAGAGUUAAACCCAUCUUCCACACAAAUCCUACCGAAAUAUCUAGCAGUGCUGAACAUAAUUCUUGCUUGCUCAAAUGUUGUUUUCUUUGCAACAAGACUUUGAGGCUUGACAAAGAAGUUUACAUGUUAAGAGGUGAUCUGGGAUUCUGCAGUUUGGAGUGUAGAAACAGGCAGAUUUACAUGGAUGAAAUUAAAGAAAUUGAAACUCAAACUAAGAAAACUUUAGGAUCUUUUCGCAGACGUGGAGAAAGUGGCCGGUGUAGUGAAACUUCGGCUCUAUUGGAAGAUUACCAUCAACGGCGAAACCCUAUAGCAUAUGCUAAAAAUACACCUAUAUUCACAUUCUCAUAAUUUAUUUUCUUUUUUUGCUUUAUUCUAAAGUUUAGGUGAUUAUGAGUAUAUAUUCGGAAAUGUAUAGUUGAAGAAAUAGUAGGGAAUACAAAGUGACAAUAUGAGCUGUCGAAGAUGUUGAUGUGGGUGCAUCCGUUUAUGAAAGUUUCCUACGUGACAAUAAUUGAUGACGAGGAUGAUUUUAACCCAUUCUUCUCUUUAUCCAAUUUUGUAUUUUCGAACUUUAUGUAGAUUUCCGGAAUAAAGGUACCAAAAUUAUAGAAACCGAAGUAUAAUGAGAGAAUUGUUGUUACUUUAUAUAUUUC